GUCUCUGCGCGUGCCCUACACCCCCCUUCCCUUCCACCCGGCUUUCUCUCCCUCUCUCUCUCUCUCUCUCUCUCUUGCUCGCUCCCAUGGAGAGUUGGAGACGACUUUGAGUCUAUGACCAAGUAUUCGACGAACGCUUACUGAUCAUAUCAACGGCUAAACUUAACAGAAGAAAAAUCCACGGCUGUGACCGUACGUUCGAAACAGUGGCGUGCGGGAGAGAUUUGAGAGUUUGGAGCUAUGGAGGAAGAGAAAGGAGCUUUGGCGCAGAGCCUGAUCGACAUAGUGAAUGAGAUAGCUUCGAUCUCGGACUACAGGUGGACGGUCAAGAGGCAGUACUGUAAUUUGGCGAGGAGGUUGAAGUUGUUGACCCCAAUGUUCGAGGAGAUCAGGGACAGCAAAGAGGCGGUCCCGGAAGAGACCGUGAGAGCGCUGGUUUCGAUGAAGGAGGCUCUGGAUUCGGCUAAGGACUUGCUCAGAUUCGGAAGCGACGGGAGCAAGAUUUACCUGGUCCUAGAGAGGGAGCAAAUUAUGAAUAGAUUUCAUGAGGUGACAGCUCAACUGGAACAAGCUUUGAGCGGAAUUUCCUAUGAAAAUCUUGACAUAUCAGAUGAAGUUAAGGAACAGGUUGAGCUUGUUCUUGCUCAGUUCAGAAGAGCCAAGGGAAGGGUUGAUUCUCCCGAUGUUGAGCUGUCUGAGGAUCUUUUAUCCCUUUACAACAAGACGAAUGAUGCAUCCACAGAUCCAGCUGUCCUAAGGAGAUUGGCUGAAAAGUUACAAUUAAUGGGAAUAGUUGACCUUACUCAAGAGUCACUAGCUUUGCAUGAGAUGGUUACUGCCAGUGGAGGAGAUCCUGGAGAGAGCAUUGAGAAGAUGUCAAUGCUACUGAAGAAAAUCAAGGAUUUUGUGCAAACAGAAAACCCUAACAUGGAUGCUCCUGCAAGAGAAAAAAGUCUUCCUCCAAGCUGCAGUGGACAGGCAUCCACUGACAAAAAUCAUAAGGCCCCAGUUAUACCCGAUGAUUUCCGCUGUCCAAUAUCCCUGGAGUUGAUGAAGGAUCCUGUCAUUGUUUCAACAGGGCAGACCUAUGAACGUCUCUGCAUUGAGAAGUGGCUGGAAGCAGGGCAUGGAACAUGUCCAAAGACACAACAGACCCUCUCUAGCACUGCCCUGACGCCGAACUAUGUUUUACGUAGCCUCAUAGCCCAGUGGUGUGAGACAAAUGGCAUUGAACCACCGAAACGACCCAGUAGUUCUAAACCCAGUAAAACAUCUGCCUGUUCACCUGCUGAACGUACCAUAAUUGAAGUUCUCCUACGCAAGCUCGCAUCCAACAGCCCCGAAGACCAGCGAUCUGCUGCAGGUAAUAUCCGACUUCUUGCCAAGCGCAAUGCAGAUAACCGUGUGGCCAUUGCUGAAGCUGGUGCAAUCCCUCGCCUGGUUAGCCUUCUUUCAACGCCUGAUUCCCGUACCCAAGAGCAUGCUGUGACUGCGCUACUUAACCUCUCCAUAUGUGAGGAUAAUAAAGAAAGCAUCAUAUCCUAUGGGGCAGUUCCUGCUAUAGUUCACGUGCUCAAGAAGGGGAGCAUGGAAGCUCGGGAAAAUGCAGCAGCUACCCUUUUCAGCCUUUCUGUUGUGGAUGGAAAUAAGAUCACAAUUGGUGCUUCUGGAGCCAUCCCACCCCUUGUAACACUACUGAGUGAAGGAACCCAAAGGGGUAAGAAGGAUGCUGCAACAGCACUGUUCAACUUGUGCAUUUACCAAGGGAACAAGGGAAAGGCUAUAAGGGCUGGUGUUGUUCCCACACUCAUGCUGCUGCUAACAGAACCAGGAGGUGGAAUGGUGGAUGAGGCACUUGCCAUUUUAGCGAUACUGGCUAGCCAUCCUGAAGGUAAAGCUUCCAUUGGAGCUGCAGAGGCAGUGCCAGUAUUGGUAGAGGUUAUUGGGAAUGGAUCCCCGAGGAAUAGAGAGAAUGCAGCUGCUGUUUUGGUACACCUUUGUGCUGGAGACCAGCAACAUCUUGCAGAGGCCAACGAGCUUGGAGUGAUGGGUCUGUUGGUGGAUUUGGCACAAAAUGGCACAGAUAGGGGCAAGCGAAAGGCUGUACAGUUGCUAGAGCGUAUGCAUAGGUUUCUUGAGCAACAGAAGCAGCAGGCUCAGGCACAAGCUGAGGCACUAGCUCAGACCGAGCAGUCGCAGCCACCCUCCACGACGAAUGCCGAUGAUGGCUGAGGUUUUCAUUUUCGCUUGUUGACUUGUUUUUCUUUUGGUUCUUUUAAGGUAUUGAAAGAGGCGGAGGGAAAGGUGGAAGAUCACCUACCCUAUCUGUAAGUUAUUCGUUUGUGUGGAAUGAGGACCUUAUUUUGAAGAGAAUAUUCAAAGAGCCUUCAAUAGGGUAGGAAGAUGAAAUGGGCUGAGAUGUAUCUGAUAUAUAUAUAUAUAUAUAUGGGAAAUGUACACCAUUGUAACACGUAAAACUGUGAUCAUCCUCGGUUUUUAAUGAAGAGAUGUUUCCUGUAUUCAAACCAGGUGGAUACGUACAA